AAUUAUUUUCUAACAUGAGGAACGUACUCCGAUCGCGUUCGCUGUAGUUACGUGCGGGUACUCGCUGUUACGUGCCACCACGACGAUGGGAUCUGUCGAGGAGAGCUCCGACAUUUCUACCCGGAAUAUACUUCCAACAACACAGGAUGUCAACGACGCAUCAAGCAAAAACGACGGAAGAGACAAAACAGACGUGGAUGGCUCGAAAACGUCCGUUAUGGAAUUAUUCUCGUGGAUUUCAGAAUUUAAAAAAAUGUGCAGGGCAUCCCUGUCACAGCGAAGCAUGGCUUCUUUGGUACAGCUAAUGAAUUAUUAUACAAGAAACGUAUGUCAGAACGUUAACGAGUGUUACACAAAGCCUUUCCGAGCUGCUAAAUUAAAGGAGUCCAUUAGCGAAGCUUUACUUUUCUUCUUGUAUUACUGUCGUGAAUUGUCGGAGGUCCAAGAUCGUACCGUUUAUCUUGUUAAAAUGUCCGACCUCCUGUCCAUGUACAUGGACAUGGAGCUGAAAGCUUCGAAAACCGGAAAAGAGCAUCGUAGUAAAAUAACAGCGCGGCUCACAUCGUGCCUCUACGUUUACCUCGAAAACUCCACGGAGCACUUGUUAAAUACACUUAUAAAGGUUCGUUUUAUGAGCCGGAAUUAUCAGGAUAUCUUGGAUCCGAUAAUAACUAAAAUAUUCAAGAGCAUCCCGGAAAGGCCGGACUCCGAUUUAAUGUACGUUCGCUACCUGCUGGGUUAUCGGCUCUGGAAGAAGGUUAACAGUGAUGCAGCCGUAAAGAGUCAGAUAAACGUUACCGCCGUCUCGUCCCUCGGACAGCCGCCAACUGCCUUGCCCUCAUUUCUAACGAAAUACGUACUACCGAAAGUGCCAAAGUCUCAGAUUAACUCGACGAAAUUUUUGCUGCUGCACAAGUUCGACGUCGAGCAGUCUUGCAGACAGUUCGCACGGUACUGCACCCUGACCAGGAACGACGAUAGUCGUGAUAAGGAUAUGCAAACGUUGGGUGCCAACGACGUGUAUAAAGACGCUGUUCGUAUAGGCAAUAGUAUCGAUUCGCGUGUUUCUGAAAAAAUACGUGAGACCGAGUCUGAACUGUCAUCCGCGACGAUAGCCGUUGGCAAUGGCGCGACCGUGUUUAAAGAAAGUAACGAGAUUGUGGUGGAGUCCACGAAGGAGACGACGGGUCAGGAAGUAUCGGGACUUCCGGUCUCGAGAACGUCGAGAACGAUCAAAGUCUUGCCGCGACGUAAGCCAAAGAAAAAAACUAGUGAAAUCGUUAUAAUCGAUCUGACCUCCGAGGAGGUGUCCGAGGUAGUGAUAAAAAAGCGGAAACGCAAGAGAUUGGCCUGGGUGCAGGAGGCUAAGAAGAGGAUAAACAUGAAGGCGGUGAAGGCAGCAAGGAAGAAAGAGAAGAGAAAAAGAAUCGGGAUUAAAGUUAAUGGCGGGUCCGAUGCGAUUUUGAGUUCAGUGCAUCAGCUUGAAGAUACGUUUAAUUUUCAGUCGUUAUCCGUCAAUGAAGAUUCGGAACCAAAGGAUAUGCAGUAUGCGUGCGUCACAUCCGAUUCCGGUAUCGAUGGUGACAAAGUGGAGUCAUCCGGUUGUGAUCUUAGUCCUACGAGAAAUGUGGAUCAUCCGAUUGACGAAGGAUCGACAGCAAUGGCAGCGACAAUGACAACACCAAUAAAUAAUAGUACCAGUAGCAUUCCAGCCGUGAUAACGGGCAAGACCGUUAUCGCGGAUUCAAGUAGCACAGAUAUACCUCACUCUACGUCUUCCUCGAGAGACAAAGAAUCAUUCUCCAGUGCAACAGGUUAUUCCAGAGAGACCAUAUCCGAAGUUUCAAAUGCGCUCAGCAACAUUAGCAAGUAUUACGACAGUGAUAGUGCACUGGAAGUUAGUAGCGAUGCGAAUCCAGAUAGUAGCUCUGUAUCAAACUACCGUAACAAUAAUAAUCAAGAUAAGAAAUCCGAUGCAGGACUGGGUUCAGACAGCGAAUCCGAUAGGAGUAAGACAAUUGAAGUGCACAAGGUGUCACCAGAAAUUACAAAAUAUCUUACUGAAAUUCAAAGUCCACUUAACGUUAGUUUGAACUUGAGAAACGCUGAAGAUAAUGUUCACAAUAGAAGUAGUAAGAUUGAGCUGACUGACGAGGAAGAUCAAUCAUCACAUUCUCCAGAAUCUUCGAUUAGAGUCAACUUGGAAACUCGUACCGAAGCUAUUUGCAAGAAUGAAAAGGAUCAUCAUCCCACCGUUAAUUUACACAACGCGAAGCUUCCGGCUCGCGGCAAUUACACCGCAGUGGUGUCGUAUGAGCUUGGGGUAGAUAGUAAGUUGAUAAGGAACACGAGCGAACAGAAACCUCUAGAGGAGAAGCUGAUGUACAAAAGGCAGGAACGAAAAGUAAAGAAGCGAACAAACGAGACUUGUGAGACUGAUGGGAUUGUUAAAGAUGGGAAACAAGACGGUGGUAUAACAAACGUCACAGAAUACUUCACUGUGGAUACGAUAAUAAGAGACAAGUUUCCUAAGGGGCAGCGGGUAAACAUGGAUAUCUCUUCUUCCAGUAUCACUCAGACUACUACAGGUAAUAGUGCUCAGAAGAUAUUCGAGGAACGUGACAGUGCGUAUGAUUCUCGUUUUAACGGUAAUUCAUUUUCUGCUGAAAGCACUGAAUACCAAGAGCACAUAGACGGGCUGUCGCUGCUUGCAAGUGUCUCACAGCAAGUUCCACAUCUAAUGGCAAGACCAAAGAUAGUCAGUGGGAGCACUGAGACUGUACUUAUCAAGAGAAACAUAGAUGACGAGACAGACACUAGUGACUCGUCCAAUACUGUUAUACAAUUUUGUGAGAACCCACCUACAGAGAUAAUUAAUGAAAUUGUGGGUAUUUAUCCAGAGGAUGCAUUGGAUAAGGUUGCUCUUCAAGUGGAGGUUACUUCUACGGAGGCUGACAGCACUGAAAAUAAUUCAUUAAAUGUCGUACCCAUUGUUAUGGACUCCGCAGCAGAUUUGAGUGGUAGUAUUGUGCAAAAUAAUUUGGUCUCCAUAGAAAGUCAUGGACAGCCUGUUAAGGAAUGUACCAAUGUCAUAUUAAACGGUGAGACAAUAGUUCUUUUGCAAAAGUCGCCCAACAGCAAUUUAUAUAUUAUUAACAAAGCCGUGGAGAAUAAAGCAGAUCUUGAGGAGGGGACGACUGGAUUGAGAGAGGAGGAUUCUAUAAAGGAAGAAAAUCUACUUUGUUCUGAAGUCAUGGAUAGUACUGGAUACACGGAACUGGUUCAUAAUAACAGACAAUUGCCAUGGAAGGAGAAUAAAAGUUUACUGGCUAGUAAUAUGGCUGUGAAGGUCGAGCCAGAGGAGGAUAAUAACUCAACCCUCUACUACGAGGAUCCAAGGUACAAAUCAAGUUACAAAUAUAAUUCGUAUAGAUGUGAUGAGGAACCUGUCAAAAGUGAUAAUCAAAUGGUAGAGUUAUCAAACCUGCAACACAGCGAUACAUCCAAUUCCAUAACAGAAUUGAAGCCGACAUUGCAUGCAUCGCCUCCGGCAAUAAGACAUCAACCUGGACAAGCAGUAUAUCAAGAUAGUGCAUUAAGUACCAAGAAAAAGAAGAAGAGCAAGGGUAAACGUAAGAGUAAAGUUACAUCGAAUACAAAUCUAUCCUGCAAGACGGCAAACGUUAAGCAAGAGUUUAAUGCCUGUACUAAUAAUGCGUCCAAUCAUCAGACGUCCGAUUACGGGAUUCAGAGUGGUUGCCCGGUGGCAGCGCAACACCCUCUGCAUAUUCCUGUAACCCACCCAACCACAUUGCCAUCCAUUUAUGGUACGGUAUCGGCCACUACUGAUCUAUUAGUCCCCUACCACAAGCAUUGCUCCAGCAUGCCUUGCGGUAUUGCCGUGAAUUCUCCGCCUGCCAUUCAUUCUCAUACGAAAUCAGCCUCUGCGGCGCCCGGAAGAACACACUGCACCUGUUUGAAUUGCACCUAUGGCGUGAUCACGCAUUGCUCACAGUGUAUACUUCCGGCUGCUGAUACUAAUCAUACUCCAUAUAUUCAAGCUAACUCUUAUUUUCUGCCAUCUCAUCCAGCAGCAGUGCAAGCGUCGGUGGUUAAGGACGACGAGAGCAAGAUGAACGACGACGUCCUGACUAAGCUGUACGACGAUCAGUUGUUGCACAAGAUCGAGAAGAGCAUAUUUAACGACAAGCCGAACCAGGAAGCAGACGUGAAGUAUCGACAGGAGCUAGCCAACAAGUUACCGCUGAAGAAGAGAUUGAAGGCUCACGCGAUGAUGUCAAUGAGCUACGAACAUACUCACGGCAAGGUAGAGAAGCCUGUCAACUAUCCAAGUACUCCGAUGAUGUCGAUAGCAGCUCUCGAAGCUCAGGCAGCUUCACCGACUUCCGGUCAAGAUCGAGACUCACCUCUAGAUCCAUCCAGUCUCGAGGAUGAACCAUUGAGUCAUUAUCACAAUAGAGAUAUGAUUCGCAGGGAUUAUUGCAAGGACAUCACCCACGUGCCGAAUGGUCAUCACAAUCAAACUGACGACAGGUCACGCAAGCUUGAUCAUCUGGGGGGCAAGGCCAACGGCCAGUCUAACGGAUGUCAUAAGGUCUGUUGUCAACGUGGGGUGAAGCGUCCAGCACAGAAUAACAAGGAUAUUAGCAGCUCGUCGCCAUCCUCAAUAAAACGACUAGCUACAGGCUUGAUUACCCAAGUUAAAACGCCAAAGAAAUUGUCCACGGCUCAGGAAGCCGCAAGACGUACCAGAAGCUCCAAGAGAAACGUUCCUAAAGUGAAUUAUAGUUGUCUCGAUGUCGAUCCCGAAUGGAAUCUGUCCGGUGAGUCGAAACGGAGACGUAAAAGGACUAGUCGAUGAUCAAUACUGUUACACUAUCUAGCAUCAGUGUUGCACGAGACAAGCAGUUGUCUGAGAUGACCUGAAAUGUACUGCAGGCUGUGGCAUUUUAAAAUCUGUACAUAUAUAAAUAAUGAAAAAAUUAUUUCACCAUAGGAAGAGGAAGAGUACAUAUUCAUUACAAAGUUUGAAUAGUUAACGUAACAAGAGACUCGUCAUUCAGGAAGAUCACCGUUUGGAAGAUUUAUCUACGAUGUAUUUGUUAAUUUAUAUAAAUUAUUUGAAAAAAAAAAAUACGUUUCAACUACCACUCGAAGAUCUACUAGCAGUUCUAUUAUUCAAUGAAGAUAUAAGAUAUAGGUGAAGAUUCGUCACUGAAGAUUCGUUGUUUCAAAAAAUUUAAUGACGUUUCUUCAAAAUGUAUAUAUAUAUAUAUAUAUAUAUAUAUAUAUAUA